AUGCUGCGGAGAGAGGCCGUCGGCCGCCGCUUCCGGCCGCCGCUUUGGCGUGCCCUGCCGCCGACACGUCCCCCAGGACUACUGCCGUUGAUGAAAAAUCCCAUCCCUUGCCACCGCCGCCAGCAGCAGCCGAAUAAGCCCUCUCAAAUUCAAGAAAAGGGUGUCAUUUUGGGCUUGGGAAUGCUCACCCGCCUCUGGCUGCCAGUGUGCCGCGCCGUUCCGGCCAGGCGCGCACGCGACGUCGGCAUCCGGCAUGUGGCUGACGACGGUGGAGGCCCUCCAUCUGCUGGCCUUCUGCCCGCCGGUCACCGUUCCACUGCAGUGGCGCCACCACCAGGGUCCGAUCCACGUCCUCCUGCUGGCAUGCAACGGACUCCGUCCACUCCGGCGACGCCGCCAACCUACUCCAACUUCAAUGCCGCCGACAGCUCCGAACACCCGUCGGCACGUCGCCCUAGAGUGCUGGAGCACACGCUCCCUCCUCACUGCCGUCGCCGCCCCGAGCAGCAGCAGCAGCAGAAGCCGAAAAGAAGCGAUCUUUUUGGCUCGGCGUCGGCGAUACUGCAGCUGGGGAUGAAAACGGCUGUACCUCACCUCCGGCCGCCGCCGUGCCGCGGUGGAGGCCCUCCAUCUGCUGGCCUUCUGCCCGCCGGCCACCGUUCCACUCCGGCGGCGCCACCACCGGUCGGACUUCUCUCGACCUUCGACGGGUCCGAUCUACGUCCUCCUGCUGGCACGCCACCGACUCCGUCCACUCCGGCGACGCCGCCAACCUACUCCAACUUCAAUGCCGCCGGCCGCUCCGAACCCCCGUCGGCACGUCGCCCUGGAGUGCCGGAGGACACACUCCCUCCUCACCAGCGUCGCCGCCCCGAGCAGCAGCAGCAGAAGCCGAAAAGAAGCGACCUUUUUGCCUCGGCGUCGUCGGCGAUGCUGCGGCUGGGGAUGAAAACGGCGGUACCUCACCUCCGGCCGCCAGCGUGCCGCACUGUUCCGUUGCUGACCGGUGGAGGCCCUCCAUCUGCUGGCCUUCUGCCUGCCGGCCACGGUUUGACACCGGCGACACCACCCGUCUCUCCUUCGGUUGGACUCCUCUUCAACUUCCACGGCCCUUGUCCUCGUCUUCCUGCUGGGCCUGGCACACCAUGGACUGGCCGCCAUCUCCUGGCGCCUCACUGUCCGGUGAUAAGGAUCAGGCGUCAUUUGCAGUUAAACAUGAUGAUGACUUUGAGAUUAGUGCUCAAGAAGGGAACUCAGCCAACAAAGCGGUUGCUAAGCACAUUUUCAGAUCCAGUGACAAAAGGGAUUAACCUGUUGUCAGUAGAGGAAUGCGAGAGUGCUAGGGAUGAAAUGUCAUCCGGCAUAGAAGAUGUCGUGGACAAGAUUGCAUGCCUUGAGGGUAACCUCCAGAACUUAAGUGCAAGCUAUUUGAAAGAAUUACUGCAACAUGUCUUAAAAGAGUGCAAGAAACACCAGUCGAAGGAAAUGUUAAAGAAGUUAUACUACGAGAAGAUUAGACCUGCACUAGUUGCACGUGUUCUUUUAUCACCUUAUUCUCUCAGUGACCAUAGGGGCAUCAAGUUGCUUGAAGAGUAUAAGAAACAUGUAACAGAUGCUAAGUAUUUGACAAGUAUCGACUUGAUGGAGGCGAUGAUAAACAUGACAGAGUUAUAUUGGAGCAUCUUCUUGGAUUUCCUAAGUGAAAAAGGAUGUUUGGUAAUUGAGGAUUGGGAUAACUCCUUAGGUGCCUCAUUCGGGACUACUCUCUAUAAGCGUGGAGUCACUUUUGAUGGCUCCCCGCUAUAUAAGGGAGAGUGUGAUGCAUCUUUUCUUGAGGAUAAGAAUAACAAGAAGAACAGUAAAGCUUCGAUAUGCAUCGCUAUAUGGACGAGCACUAGUGAGAUAUUAUCGAGUAUUGUUAUCAAAGAUUAUCCAUGCGAGGAUUCUAUCGAAGCAGAAGCAAUGGCGAUGUUUCUACUUCUCAAGGAAGGUAUCAGAUUGGGUUUACAUCUGCACCCCUUUGAAGUUUGUUCAGAUUGUCAAUUAGUGUUCAAUACACUUUGGGGAGCUCAUCGAAUUGAUCUAGAUGAUAGGAAUGCUGAUCUUUUGAAGUUGCUAAAGUAUAUGAGGAGGUAUUACACAAGUUUGAUCCCCGAAUGGCAGCAAAGGGAGAAGAUGUUUUGGGUUGAUGGCUUGAUGAGGGUAAUGAAGUUAGAAGGACCUGACACUAAUGUGGACCUCCGAAGCCUUCUGAAAAAGGUGAAAAGUUACCUUAGUGGGAAGCCGCUGUUUAAAUUCACGCAAAAACAAGGCUCCUUCAACAGUUUGAUUAAGAAAACAUUGAGACCGUCCAAGGUUUUUAUUGUGAUGAAGGAAUCUCAGUCUGAAGCUAGAAGUAAGAUCUUGAAAAUGUAUGAGGACUGCAGAAUUGAGGAGACUAGUGAAGACAGUGAGAACUGUAGAAUGAUUAUCUUAAAUGUCGAGCACAGAACCAUAUCUAAAACUGCCAAGAGAGACUUGUGGAUCAGUUUUGAUUCAUCGAUUCCGGAAGGACUGUUCCAAAACAAGUCAGAUUCGUUAAUGGUUUUUUUAAGAACUCCAAGUGAGAAACAUGUUGGAACCAAGAUUCCAGAACUGAACCCAGUCAGCUUCGUCUCAUUUCAUAACAAAGAAAAGAAGAGAAGCCCCCAUCCUAACACUAAGUGGUCUCAAAGCUUUGACAAGCUGUUCAUAGUAGUUGAGUUGCCUGAGGCAAAGGAUAUUAUGCUGGAUUUGAAGCCUGAGGGCCAUUUUCACUUCUCUGCAAUGGGAGCUGAUGACAUGCCAUACGAGCUUGACCUCGAGCUAUUUGACGCUAUUAACCUUGAGAAGCUGGAUAUCAGAGCUGCAGCUUCUGAUCUUCAGAAUGAUGAAAACGAAGUGAUGAACGAAGCUAAUGAAGUUCGGUCAGAAAAAAAAGCUAAUGAAGAUGUGGGAGGAAGUAUGGUGGAGCAGAGUAAGGGGGAGGAAGCCCCGACAGGAGCUGCAAAGGAAGAGAAGCCAUGA